AUGGGAGACUUCAAACCGCUCAUCGGGCCAGGCCUGGAUGUAGCAAAUUCACUCAUUGACAAGCAUUUCGAUAAACUGCCCAACUCAGCCUUCCGGCGGGAGACGUACAGCCCGAGAAAUAUACACCUUCCCUACCAUCAUCGACGUGGUAGGAAGAGCCGCAAGGACUCCAAAGACACACACCAAUCUGACUACGAUUACGAUUACGAUUACGACCACGACUCUGACUCUGACUUCGAGACCCAGAACGACCGUCGAGCGCGCGAGCGGCGUUACACCCAAUCAACCCCACGAUCUGAAGCCGGGAGCGAUAAUGACAGCUACUACUCUCGGCCGCCAACUGAGUUGUCCGAAACUAACCUCGUGAACCACGACCGUUCCAUGACACGGAUCCCUCCGAAUUAUGGGGAUUCGCGGAUCACAAGGCCGACAUAUCCGCCAGUCUACAGCCACCAGCCCCCGCGCCAGAGACCGGAAUACAUCCCCUCGCCCCCGCCAUCUGCUAACACCUACUACGUACCUCCGCCUACUAAUCAUAUGGCGAUGAACCGUGGCCGCGAUGUUGAUCCUCACCGAGACGAUGAUUAUUAUUCCGAAUCGUACCAUGCUCCGCGUCGGCCACGAGCCGUGACAAGACGCAGUAGCUCGUACCAUGGGCCAAGAAGCAAGGAUGACUACGGAUACGGCAAGCAAGUAUCUCGUCGCAAGGGAUCAAGCUCGGAAGCAAUCGACCGGGUAAAGGACGCAGCUGAUCGGUACAAUUUGAAGGAUGAUAUAAACAACUUGUUCACCGCUAGCCCGGAAGGCUUGGUGGGAGGGGCUGCGGGCGCAGCGUUGGGCGGUUGGGCAGCACAAAAGGCCCAGAUUGGAUAUUCGAAGGGGAAGAGACAUGAGCCGAGUCCGCUUCUGACAUUGAUCGGGGCUACAGUAGGAGGGCUGGCAGUCAACAGCCUCGUGGAUAGGUACCAGGACGGCAAGAAAGAUGCGGCAAAGAAGGAAAAGAGAGGAGAACAAAGGUACGGGAGCGAGGAUGGGAGUGAUGAUGAUAGGAGCCACAGGUCAAGCCACAGAAGCCAGCGGAGCUACCAUCGCCGGCGCAGGGACAGUUAUGAUUGA